GAGAGAAAGGCGGUGGACACACUAGGCAACGACCAGGUUCAAGCGAAGGAAUCUUAACCAAACAGCGUGCAGCUGUGAGAAUAUGUUUUCUUGAAAUAAAUAAGAAAUCCCCUCUUGUGUUCACUUCGGUCUCCAGGACCUGUUAUCCCCUCGCGAAGCUGCAGGAAUCAUGGGGUCCGUGUUCCUGCCCUCAGAUGAGGCUCACUCGCUGUUGAGGAGGUUACCAAGAGCUAACUACUUCCUGGAGGAGAUGAAACAAGGAAACAUACAGAGAGAAUGUAGAGAGGAGAUCUGUACCUAUGAGGAGGCCAGAGAGGCAUUUGAGAAUGAUGAGAAAACUAGACGAUUCUGGGAGGAGUAUGUACGAGAAUCCAGCCCAAGUGGGGGUUCACAUAAUUCUGGUGGAGUCAACUCCCUAUACCUCGUUUUGCCCCUUCUUCUGGUGCUUCUGCUCGUCACUGCGAUCUCCGUCGCGGCGUGGAGGUGCUACUCUCGCAGAAGAGCCAAACGAAGCCCUGUCAUUGGUGGUUCCCAUAGAGACACCACCCUGUCAGUUGUUUCUAUGGACCAAUGGGGACAGGACAACCACCAGGAUCACAGUCCUCACUCAGAGAUUAGUGUUCACAGCAGCCCCAUCUAUCCUAGUGCCGACUUCACCCCUGGGCGGAAUAAUCACGGAGAUCCCCCUCCCUCCUAUGAGGAGGCGGUAGGCCACACAGAUGUGCACAUUGAGACAGAACCCCCACCUCAGUAUGAAGACAUCGCCCAUAACCGCUCUACCACUGCAAUCGUUGGACAGGGCAGGUGAAUGACUCUUUAGACGUACCAUGCAGAAACAUCCUCAGACCGACCCUUCCUCUUUUCUCCGGCGUCCUCUGAAUCAACUGUUCACUUCCCCUCUCAUCACUCACCUAAUUACUCACAU